AAUAAAUGAUGAAUUGCACACCUCCAUCAAAGUUCGAAGGGCCGCGGGACAACCACCUAUCAGUAGUAUCCAUCAUGACCUGCGAGCAACCGGACGACGACUCCGAACCCGCGGCCUCGACCGCGGUUGAAGUUAGCGAUGUGUCCGUGACUGCACCGACUGAGAUAAAGAGUCCUGUUGGGGUGCGCAACUUUGGAAAUGGACUCAUCAGACGACUGGGAAACAACAAGCACUUGAAGCAGAUUCACUCGCUGGAAGACUCGUUGGUUGAUUUUUGCGGAAGUAGUUCGAUUCAUGGCGUGAGGUAUAUUGGCUGUAGAAGCAGUUCGUACAUUGAGAAGCUCGUUUGGACCAUCAUCUUCGCGACGACGCUGUACUUUGCUGGCACUAACAUUGUGGAAGCUUGGAUCAAGUGGGAGAAGAAUCCGGUCAAGAUUGUGUCCGCGGAACAUGUGACCUAUAGCUGGGAGGUACCAUUUCCAGCGGUCACCAUAUGUCCGCAAACCAAGUCCAAGAAGUCACUGUUUGAUAUCGGAAGGAGUUAUCGGGAAACGGAGGGUAAUCCGGCGAAGUUCGAUGAUCAUCUGAAGGGGCUGUUGCAGCUGUGUGAUGCCCCAUGCCCGUACAAUGUGAAUUUCUCAAGUCCGGCUAAUCCGAGGAUUGUCCGAGCGAUACGUGAGGUAUCGUUGUCGUUGGACGACAUCUGCGAGAGCGUGACCUGGGAUAUGGACAAGCAGAGCUGCGCUGGGAUGUUUCACCGGGUGUUGACUGAGGACGGCAUUUGCUACAGCUUCAACGGGCUUGCCGGUAAGGAGUUGUUUCGGGGUGAUCGACUUCAUCGGCAUUACAAUCAUAGCGAAGGGACGGCGGCGAUCCAGAACUGGAAUCCGGAGGUAGGGUAUGGUUCGGCGGAAGCAGAGAUUGAGUACCCGAGGAGGUCAUUCUUGGACGAUAAGAAGAUCGAUCUGGUGAUUAACUUGCGGCUGGAUCGGGGUGAUUUUGAUUACAGCUGCCGAGCGGAGCAGGGCUUUAUGGUGUACGUGCAUUCGCCGGAGGACUUCCCGCAGGCUCGACUCGGGGCCAUUUAUGCUCCUAUGGGCAAGAGUACGUACGUUACGGUGAAGGUGCGGGACACCCAACUAUCGAGCAAACUCGUGGAUUUUCCUCCGGAGAAGAGAAAGUGCUACAUGGUUGGUGAAAAGGAACUGGAGUACUUCCGAGUCUACACGCAGAAGAACUGUGAGCUGGAGUGCCGUGCCAGGGAGCAGCUUUUCACCGAAGGUUGCGUUAACUUUGCACUACCUCAUGACGAAGAGGAUAAGUUGUGCAAUGUCCAGAAGCAACACUGCGGUACAGUGGACAGUCAUCACCGAAGUCGCGAGAAGAAGAUUCGACCCCGGCGGAACUCGGACGCCAAGAGUUGCCACUGUCUGCCGACGUGCACCUAUGUCAAGUACGAAACGGAAAUGCUGCAGACGGACCUGGACUACCGGAGCAUCCGCAAAGAGCGCAAGGAGUCGUCCAACAUUUCCUACACCCAGAUCAGCGUGCACUACAACAAGGAAAAGUUUCCGACCUUCGAGAGGACGGACUCGUACACGAUAACCGAACUGCUCGGAACGUUCGGCGGUUUGCUGGGCCUGUUCAUGGGAGUGUCACUGCUGAGCUUCGUGGAGAUUCUCUACUUUUGCACGCUGCGACCGUUUUGCGUGUGGCGCCGAAUGAACCGGAAGUUGAAACUCCAACAGCAGCAGGGAGCCUCCACAUAAUAUCCAACGGCAUGCAACAUUGUCCAAUCCGACCGGUUCUCACCGGACCCAGUGCGACAUAAAAUAUUCAAAAGGCGGAGAUUUCCCGCCAACCCCACUCUGCUUUGCUGUACACAGUACAUAACACUAUGUUUUUGCAGCUUUUCUCUCCUCAGAUUUGGGAACAUGCGCAAAGCUGCCCGCCGGAGCUUUCACCUACUUUUUAUGGUCAUUUACUCUCUGCGUCCGGAUUUUUAGUACAAGCAUUAGGAAACAAAGAUGUCCCCAAUCCUGGAGUUGGACGCGAGGGCGGAUCCUAGCAGGCUGCCGUAAAAAUAAAAUUACAAUAAAAAAAUUCAAUAUCUUCCCAUAACGCUGUAAUGAAUGUAGAAAUAAAAAUUUCCAGCAAGGAAAAGGGACAUUUUUGGACGGUGUCAUAAAUUCAAUUACUUCGCCCCUCUCUUCGUUGACUCUGAUUUACAUCAAAAGGCUUCUAACGAAGGCUGCGGAAUCUAUAUGGGAGUGAAGUGUGAAAUAGAGAAUCGGAAAUCGAGUCUUGCAGGAUGCUGAUUUGUCAUUCGAUAUCAAUUAUUAUCGGGACAGAAUGGCACUGAACCGGGCUUGAAUGAACUUACUGGAAUAGAAUUACUCAAGAGGAGGAAAUCUG